AUGGAGCUGAAGCGUUGUGCACCUGUUUUCGUCAGGAGAUGGCGUUUAAAAAGCCGGACUAUUUUCGUUGUGUUAUGUGUUCUCACUGUGGUGAUGAUGGGGUUGUUACAGAGUAAUUUGAAAACUAACCACGAAAAGGUAAAAAUUAUAACCAACAAGGAGCUAAAAGACCGAGAACAUGCAAACGAUGACAGACUGACAGAAGGCCGAGAGGGGUUCCGAGAUGACCUUCGGAGACUUCAAAGUUUAGUUCUAGUAGAUAGUAAAAACAAAAGACAGACUACCGGAAAUAAGCAUUCGGAAAGAAACCAACGCUCGAUUGUAGAUGCACAUUUUAAAUUGUUGAGUGGAAAACCCUCAAACAUUGAUAAAAGUGAAGGGAACAGGACUUAUCAGAUAAAGGAGGUUGAUAGCAAGAAAAACAAUCAAAGCGAUAAUUAUGUAAAGGACGAACAGAAGUCUAACCACAGUGCCAAAGUUGAUGUAGUGAACAAAACAAAACACGGGAAAUAUAAUGCUGAUGAAAACGACAAUGAACAAUUGAUGGAACAGCUGUUUAAACUGUUGUUAAAACUCGAAAAGGAAGGCGUUGACAUAAACGAAGAAAUCAGAGUGGCGUCAGGUGAAAAAGUGCCAGCGGAUAAACAGCUCCCUUUCCAUCCAUUACAUUAUCCUCAAAAAUUAAACUUUGAAGAGAUAGUGAAAACAUUUAUUGAAAAUGGUGAACUGCCUAAGAACUCGAUUAAUAAAUGGAAGUACACACCAAUAAUUAACCCAUCUAGUAAAUGUGAAAAUAGCAAAAACGGCGUGUUUGUGUUGUACAUGGUGAAGACGAGGCCCGACAAUUUUGCGAAGAGAAAGACCAUACGUAAAACAUGGGCCGACGAACAUAGAUUUCCGAACAUUCGUACCGUGUUUUCCAUCGGAAUACCUCGGGAUUCUAAUAUUAUUAAACAAAUAAAACAAGAGUCCUUGAAAUACAAAGACGUCCUUCUGAUGGAUUACAUGGACACUUACAAAAAUCUUACAUUAAAGACAACCAGUGGCAUCAACUGGGCGGUGGCACAUUGUAAUGUGGCCGAAUUUGUGGUGUCUGUUGAUGAUGAUAUGUAUGUGGCUACCGACUUCCUCAUACAACACCUAAAGGACAUGCCACAAGCAGAGAGUGAGAGGCUCUAUCAUGGACACCUUUACCACAACACAGAACCAGUCCGAUACGGGAAGAAAGACGCUUGGGAAAGUAAGUGGAUUGUCACGAGGGAGGAAUACCCGUUCGAUACCUACCCGGAUUACAUAUUCGGGGGAUUUGUUGUGAUGUCUAUGAGGACGGUGUUGGAGAUGAGUUUGGCCAUUCCUUACACACAACCCAUCAGCAUGGAGGAUGUUUACCUUGGUAUAGUGGCCAGUCGUCUCGGUAUUGUGGCAACAAACACCGAUCUGGUGGAUUAUUAUAUUACCUACUCAAAUACAGAGAAAUUUAAAACCCUCAUCGCUUCUCAUUACUACACAAGUUCUCAUAUGUUAAAGAAAGCUUGGGAAUGUCAUUUAUCGAUGGUGAAAAACGAUGUAGAAAAGUCAGUAUUUUGCCUUUACUUAAAAACAGAACUGCAACAAUUAAAACGUAAGGUGGAGGAAAUACUCGACUGGGUAGAUUUUUCAAACAAUGCUCUAUAA